UACCACUACUAUCGAUAUCAUGUCCACCCAGCAAGCACCAGCGCGCGCCACGGACGCCGAGGUCGGCGCGCAGUCAGCGAGCGCGGCUGGCGCGGAGCACGCGCCCCGCCCGCCGUCAUUCGCGAGCAAGGAGGAGGAGCGCGAGUGGAUCAAGUUUAGGCUUGCGCAGGCGUUCAGGCUGUUUGCGAAGUGGGGGUACGAUGAGGGCGUGGCGGGGCAUAUCACUGCGAGGGACCCAAUCAAGCCUGACUGCUUCUGGGUGAACCCCUGGGGCCCACACUUCGCGACCAUCCAGCCGUCCGAUCUCCUGCUCGUCGACCACCACGGCAGCGUACUCCCAGCCGAGUCCGGGCCGAACCACUUCCUGAACAAGGCCGCAUAUCUCAUCCACGCCGCGGUGCACGCCGCGCGGCCCGAUGUGCUGUGCGCGGCGCACUCGCAUAGCAUGCACGGUAAGGCGUACGGGACGCUGGGGUUACCGCUUGAUCCGAUUACGCAGGAUAGUUUGGCGUUUUUUGAGGAUCAUGUGGUGUUCAAGCAAUAUGAUGGCGUUGUGGGCGCGCAGAAGGAGGCGGCGAGCAUUGCUCAGGCGCUUGGUGGGAACAAGGCUGCCAUCCUCCAGAACCAUGGGAUCAUAACCGUCGGCCGCUCGAUCGAAUCCGCCGUGUACUUCUUCCACGCGAUGGAGCGCUCGUGCAGGGUGCAGAUGCUCGCGGACGCGGCAGCCGCGGCGCGGGGCGUGUCGACGCAGAAGGUGCCGGAGAAGGAGGCACGGGCGACCGCGGCGCUGGUGGGCUCGGAGCGCGCGGGCUGGUUUGGCGGGUACAUUGAGUUUGGUAGGUUGGAGGCGGAGGAGGGGGUGAGGUUUCAAGGGAAGUGAAGUGGUAUAGGUCAUCAUGGAUAUUAGAAUGGAGUGUGUGAGUAUGUAGUCGGGUUUAUCAUACGUGCAUCGGCC